GGCACCGGGACAGGCUGAAUGCCGAGCUGGACCGGCUGGCCAGCCUGCUGCCGUUCCCGCCGGAUGUCAUCUCCAAACUGGACAAACUGUCUGUGCUGCGCCUUGCAGUUUCCUACCUCCGCGUCAAAAGUUUCUUCCAAGAUUCGCUAUAAGUGUAGGCUGUCUACUGGCGUCUUGCCACUCAAAGGCCACAUUCAUGAAGGCGCUGCCACACUCGCACAGGGCAAUUGGAUCCACCGGAUACCCUUUCCUUCUCACGCGAUGUUGCGUAAACUCACAGAAAAAAAUUUCCUAAACGAGUUAGUCACCGCCAUGAUCAUGCAACGGCGGAUUUAGAAAUACCGGGCGUCGUGAGCGCGCAGAAGCCGGUCAGUUGCUCAGUCCGUUGUGGCUAAAGAGCAUCAUCUCCACCAUCUGGACAUAUUUGAUUUUGUUGUCUUUGUGUUUUGUGGCUUAGGCAACAAAGCUAUCAAGUGAUUAAUAUUCAAUACAAGCCACCGGGGCAUAGUUAUGAUUGCUACGGUGAGCCACAACAAAUCAUUGUGUUGUUUACAAAGUGUAAGUUGGUUAUCUUUGGCCAGUGACUCAUUCUGUGUCAUCAAGUAAGCCUGUAAACAAACAAGGAAAUUUCAGGGAGUUUUUUUUUUUUUCUUUCUUUUUGCUCCAGAGAAGCAAACAAACCCUUCCAUGAUGUCUAAACAGGGUGGAGCGGUCGGUCGAGUGGUAUGUUGACCAAAAAAAUAUACAUGUGGUAAAAUUUAUAAAUAACAUCAUCACGACAGGUUGGCUAAUUAAUAGAUUUUUUUCUUUUUUUUUUUGGUCUCGUUUGAAAUUCUGCUGUGUCCUUUAGAGCUUCCUUUUAUUAGUUUUAAUUUCGUGUCUAAUUCUAAUUCUAAACAGUCUUACUGCUCCCCUCUCUGUUCAUUGUUCUUACUCUAGUUUGUCCGCUUCAUCACCCCAACCCUUUUCUCAUUCCCACAACCGAUCAGUAAAGAGAAGCAAUUCCAUCACGUGGAACGACAUGAACCGUCCCUUCUAAGUGAGCAGCACAGCGCAUCUAAAAGAGGACCCCUGCAAUGAGCAAAUCAAGACAAGGCGCCCAGGAAGCACGUCAACACUGCUUCCUCCAACCCCGAACCCGGCAGGAAAGAGAGCGUGCCGAUGUGCACAAACGUCACUGAAAGCGGCCUCCUAUUGGAGUCUCUGACAGGAUUUGCCCUGGUGGUGAGCAGCGACGGAAUGGUCUUUUAUGCCUCGUCAAGCAUUGUGGACUAUCUGGGAUUCCAUCAGACCGAUGUGAUGCACCAGAAUGUGUUUGACUACAUCCACAUUGAUGACCGCCAGGAGUUCCGAAAUCAGCUCCACUGGGCCAUGUGCCCUCCACAGCACCAGGCGGGGGCAGCACAUCAGGACGCUGCAGGGACUGGUGAUGAGUUUGUGGUGAGCAGCCUGUUCCAUUCUCCAGAGGCGGGGGGCAUUCCUCCUGAGCUCUCCUGCUUUCUCAACAGAUGUUUCAUAGCGAGGGUUCGAUGUCUGUUGGACAGCACAUCUGGAUUCCUGACAAUGCAGUUUCAGGGUCGGCUGAAGUUUCUCCAAGGACAGAAAAAGAAAUCGGCCUCCGGGGCUCCGCUUCCGCCCCAGCUGGCUCUCUUCUGCGUAGCCGUACCCCUUUUACUGCCCUCCAUCACCGAGAUGAAAAUGAAGAACAUGUUAAUGAGAGGAAAGAACAAGAGCGGAGGAGGGAUGAUCUCGGCACUGGAGCACGGAGAACGAGGAGAACACCUCCGAAGGCACUCCUUCAGUGGAGGAAUGGGUGAUGUAGUAGACCCUCUCCUCCUCCCCUGUCCAACCCCUGGUGGCACCCAAAGGGGCCACCACACUCCCUGGACCCCACUCACCAAAGAUAACCUCAAGUUCCGCCCCGAUGGGUACUACAACCAGGAAGAGCCCCUCAAUUUCUGCAAGUCGUCAAUGUCUUCCCAUAAGGGCCUCGGUCCGGGCCCGGGGAGCAGUUGGCCCGUGCGACCAAACUCGGGCCACCUCAGAACAAGCCAGGGGGUCGGCUACGUCCCGGCUAACCACUUUAACAAGGCCGGCCUAUACGGGAAGCCCAUCCGUCUUUCCCCUAGCUGCCACAGCGGUAGAAACGGCGAGGUGUUUGUCUCGAAACUCUACGGGAACCUGCAGAUUCCCGCCGACCCGGACGCCUACUGCGUGGAUUUAGUCAAGAGCGAGAACGGCUACGGCGAAUGCUACGACGGCCACUUGAUGCCGCCCAUCAAAGUCGAGCACGACUCCGACUCGGAAAACGGCUGCGAUCCCUUCGGGCGGCCCUGGGCGCAUCGGGAUCCGGACGCCGUGUACCGCCGCUACGGCGACGGGGCGUACGACCAGAGUUCCGGCGUCCAGCUGAAAUCCGAGGCGGAUUACUACGAUCUGCACUACUCGCCCUGUCAACGGGGCAAAGCGGGGAUCAGCCCUUCGUACAACACCGGCAACUAUCAGAACUAUGCAAUGAACAAUAGCGGACGUUUGUUAAAAUGUGACAAAGACUUGAGCCAUCACGACGACAACGGUCAGUUCAGCCCUCAGAGACUCUCUCACUCCCAAUGCAGUAAUCAAUCGGUCAACCUCAUCGACUCUCACGUCUACCAACAGGAGCCUCAAAAGCCCUACAUGCACCAGGACUUCAACAAGCACAGCACUUACGAGUUCAAAGGUCACGGCCUGAUCCAUUCCAUCAAAAGGGAGCCCAUGGACUCCCCGCCGUGGUCCGAGGGCGGCCACGACAUGAGCCGGCCCGUGACGGUCGGCCCGAGGAACAUUAUGCCGUGCAAAUCCAGCCCUUACGUUUAUCUGCCCUAAAAAGUAGCGCAGGUUUCCCGUCGUCCGACACAUUCACCAGCAUCAAAUGCAGAACGUCAACAUUCUUCCAUUUGCCGAAGAGGUGACGAGCGAGGCUCAGGUUCGAAGGGUUCGUGUUGCGACAAUCAAAAGCUGAAACAAAUGUAGGAAAUUUCUCCUUUGCAGUUCCAAGCACUUUUGGAUUUAGUGACGAUGAGUCGGAAAAUGUCCGGAGACGCCUUUUAAUUUCAUGCGUCGUGCGCACCCAUUGUUUCGCUGGGAUGUUGUCGUCAACCGAUUUGAAUUCGAUCCGCAGAUGAUGACUCACCUCUGCCACGACUCACUUGUUUUUUUUAUGUCUGAAUGUGCUUGAAGAUCUUUGGACCUUAGUGGUGGUUUUGCAUGUUUUAGCACUUUAACUUCAAAUCACCCACAAUGACAAACACUGGGUUUGUUUCUAUGAAUUACAGCAACAAGAUACACACGCUUGCAAAGUCGAGAUCAGUUGGGAAUAGGUCCAAAAUAUUAACGGGGGUCACUAAGGUCAAGCGCAACUAUUUCUGAGAUGCUGGUUUUUGCACUACUCGUACCAAUUUCGGCCUUUCGGUUUACUAUUAAAGCUUACUAGCAAAACUUGAGUUGGGCAAUUCAACUAAAUAUGAAUUGAGUUCAUUGAAUAAAAUACACAACGAAGAAAUAAGAUUUUUCAGAAUGGUUGUCCCUUGUAUCAUAACCCCAACUUGAAAAUAAAAUAAAAGACACAUUGUUAAAUUGUUUUGGAGCAAAUCACUUGCAUGCUUCGUUGAGCUGACUAACACAAUUACCGUGAAUGUCAAUAUUUUACGUUUUAAAUUUUGUUCCAAGUGGACCAGCAUCCCAGAAUAAAUUCCACGCUACUGGAAACCUGACAGUAUUGUCGAGUCUAUGCAAUUUGCUGUUAAUUGACCAAAACGUGUAAAAGUAGUGAUUCUGUUGCAGCUUUAAGUAUGAUAUACUUGUUUAACAAAUAAAAUGUAUUUCUGUCUAUCAGCAGUACAUAAGGAAACCCACAAAACAAGUUUGAGUUAAAUAUAAUUGAGUGCUACCGUUUAAAAACAAAAAGAAGCAAUGUAACACUUAAUAGCUAUUGACCGUGUCAAAACAUAAAUAAAUAACAAAAAGGUUCAACAAGUACAUCGUCAAUGGAAGUUUUUUUUUUUUUCCCGUUAGUUUAAACUGAAGGCGAAGACAUUGACAUUUUAGUCUUCUGUAAAGCGCACAAUAGCAUCUUGAAUUUAGAAAUAAUAUUAUUGUUCCAUAUUUUAAUGUCACAGAUUAUGUUGUACAGUUUAGUGUUCACUAUAAGAUCAGCAUUUCAUGGCAGAUAUGACGCUUUUUUUUUUUUUUUCUGUUAACGAUGUGGUUCAAUCAGAGAACUGACGUGGUCGUCACACUCAGUGUUUUUGCACAACUUAACGAAAAGCACCAAAUUAAUUCACGGCCCCAGUUUGGUGGCGCUACUUUUGUAGUUUCAAAAAAUUGCACUACUGAGUAGUUCAGUUGAAGUUUUUAUUUUAUUUUAAAUUAGUCAACACACACGUGUACAUUGUGUCACUGUAUUGAAUUUGUCUUGUUCAAUGUGUGUGCUCAUUUCAAUAAAUGUUUAAUUCGUAUUUAUUGUAAGGCCAAUGCGUAUAAUUUAAAAGCUGCAGUUUGAAGGCUCUCCUCUUUGUCUAAGGUAAAUCCACGUGGCUUUUUCUUGCUACCAUUUUGAUGACUGUAAAAAAAACUACUUGUGUCAUUGAGUAGGUAGCUGCAAAAUAUUGCAAAAACGGUGUAAAUAUACAAUGUCUUCCAAUGUUUCUACGUGUUUUUUGCAAAGGAGACUUAUCUAUUAAAAGACUUUUCUUUA